AUGCUAGAGUUUCUUGAUUUUGGUGGCAAUUCUUUGUCAGGUGAAAUACCAAAAGAGUUGGGCAACCUUGUUAAACUAUGGAAUAUUCGAUUGCAGGAAAAUGGAUUAAGUGGUUCGAUUCCAUGGGAAAUCUUCAACAUGUCAACACUUGAAUCACUAUCCCUUGUAGUAAAUAACCUUUAUGGUACUCUUCCAACAUUUUUAGGUCAUUCCCUUCCUAAUUUAGAGUACUUAUACCUUGACGAAAACUAUAUUGGAGGAGUUAUACCUCCCCAAAUCUCAAAUGCUUCCAACCUUGUUCAUAUUGAUCUUGGCAAUAACCAAUUCGUAGGCUUCAUUCCAAAUUCAUUUGGAAACUUGGCAAAACUCGAAAUUCUAGUGCUGCUUUCCAACAACCUAACAGUUGAUCCUCAAUUUAGCCUUAUAACUUCCUUGACAAACUGUAGAUAUAUCCAAAAACUGAUUCUGUCAUUUAACCCUUUAAACGCUGUGCUCCCAAAUGCGAUUGGCAACAUCUCCCACACUCUCCAAUAUCUCCACUUACCAAAUUGUAACAUCAAGGGACAAAUACCAGAGGAGAUUGGCAAUCUGAGUAGCUUAUAUCUGUUGAUUUUAGGGUCCAAUGACAUUAUAGGAUUUUUGCCUACAACCAUUCAAGCUCUUCGGAGUCUUCAGGUAUUCGGCAUAUACGAGAACAGAUUAAUAGGAUCAUUUCCAAAUGUGAUUUGUGAACUACAUAAAAUAGAAGAAGUGGAAAAAUGA